UGCGCUUCAACCAUCGCAGCCCGGAACUUAGAAGGAAGCUCAAACCGAAAAGAGCGCCUUGAUUUAAAGUGUGAACGUUAGCUGAAGCGUCCUCCUCGUCUCUGUCACCAUGAGCUUCUGCCCUGGUCCGCCCGCCCCCCCCGGGGGCACCAGCAUCCAGGAGCAAAGGGACCGCUGGGAGAGGAAACGCAGCCGAACAGCCCGAGAGUUGGUGCAGACAGAACAACGCUACGUCCAACAGCUGCAGCUAGUCGCCACGUACUUUGUGGAGAUCUUGAAGGCCAAAGGGACCCUGAGGCAGGACUUUAGAGAAAGCAUCUUCAGUUCAAUUAAAGCCAUUCAUUCAGUAAACCAAUCAUUGCUUGUCCAUCUGGAGAAUGGCUACUUUGGCCGAGGCUUCGAACAGAUGUGUCCACAUCUGCACCACUACAACACGUAUGUGGACAACAUCUAUAAUGCCAGCAAAGUGCUCGGGGUCCAGCUGAAGAAAAACAAGGCCUUCAGACGUUUUAAGAAACUACAGGAAGCCCGACCUGAGUUCAACAACCAGAAGCUCGAAGACUUACUUCAACUUCCCGUUCAGCGGAUCGACCAGUAUAAGCAUUUCCUACAGGACCUGACUGCCAACACAAGUCCAGACAACCCAGAGUUUCAGCAACUUUCAAGGGCAGUGAGUGCAGUGUGCGACGUAUCCCAGCGUAUCCAGGACAACGCCCGCUGCCAUGAGAACCACCUGCAGCUUUGCCGGGUGCAGAAACUGCUGAAAGGGCGAAAGACGAAAGUGUCGGCUGCAGGGCGGUGGUACAUCCGGGAGGGCUGGCUGAAGGUGGUUCCUUCUAAAGGAGCAGACGUUCAGCCCAAGAUGUUCUUCCUCUUCUCUGACAUGCUGCUGCAGGCCAAGCGCUGCGGCCCGCUGCGGAGCGGAGACAGGUUUUCGGGCCAGCGUGCCUUCCCCCUGCAGGACUGCACUGUGGAGAAGGUGUUUGGCCACACCCGGAGCCAGGGAGGCCUGCUCAGCCUAACCUUCCCCAAGGCCAAACUCCUGCUGAUGUCCUGCAACCAGGAGGAGCUCAAUGACUGGUACCAGAGCCUGAGCUCCGCUGUCGGGAAUCUGCAGUCCAAGCAGACAGUAGUGCAUCAAAGAGAUGAGUUGUGCCGCAGACCGCUCAGGCCAGCUGCAGCUGCUGCCGACACAGCCAGCCGCAGGAAGAGAAACAUGGUGACCGGUGAGACCAGUGAGCAUGCUCAGGAGCCUCCAGCUGGGUGGGGUGGCAGCGCCCCCAAGAGGAUGAGGCAGUGUGAGGCUCCAGAGCAGAGCAGUGCAGAAGCGUCCACCUCCAGCUGUGUGAUCCUCUGAUGAGGGAAAGUCUGAGAUGUUUCUACUUCACACUCAUGCAACAGCAGC